AUGAACACGCUCCAAGGCAACAGCCACAGCGUUCCGUUGCCGGAGAUGGUUUGGGGAACCUUCUCGCUCAGCAACCUCCUUCCCCGACUCCUAUUCAACAACGUUGCGGUCCUCACACCUCCAACGUCCACGGCAUACGUACUUAAACACGACGGACUCAAUACACUUCCAUGGUCGGACUGUGGACAGCAUCAGCAUCGGUCGCAUCCGUUUGAGCCUCAGCAAGCGCACUUUUCAAGAUCUCGUCUCUCGUUGUGUGGUGACGCCAGUGGUGAGGUCGAUUGUGCGGAGACAGAGCAACUCAGAGAAACGUGCAAGACUCUACUCUGUGAGCCGGGGAUGGCGUCGUCGCGUAACUACUCGAAUUGGGCCCUCCACAACAGUGGCAUGGAGGCGUCACUGAAAUCCGGAUACAUGGCCGAAGAUAGUUGUGAAACUACAACUACUUCGCUAGCCCAACACAUCAGGCAGCGUUCGACGUCGGCGCGCCAGUUCCUGAGUUCGUAUAACUCUUCGAUCGAGUAUACGACUUACCUGAACUGGCAUACGCUCAGCAGCGAUCUCAGCGAGAAAAUUCGCCAAGGCUCCCUCCGGGUUAAUCGCAAUAACGCGGUCGAGUAUGCGACCAUCGACGAGGAAAGAGCUCACGGGGACAAAGUUCCUCUUCUUCGACGAGUGCAAUCAACGAAUGUUCAAGGGAUCUCAUGGGGAGUCGCAGCAUUCCUUUUGGUCAACACAGCGCUCGGAGCUGGUGUUCUCAACUAUCCGUCCGCGUACGACAAAGCCGGCGGCGUAUUGACGGCGACCAUCAUUCAGAUCAUAAUGAUGUUUUCGCUCAGUGUGACAAUGAUGGUACUCGCCUAUUGCUCGGACGUGAAAGGCGAUUGUACAUAUCAUGACGUCCUGAUGACAACCGUCGGCCGGAAGGCUCAACAGUUGGCCGCAGCUUCUAUACUUGUGACCUGUUAUGGCGUUUCCAUAACAUUCCUCAUCAUCAUAGGAGACCAAUAUGACAGACUUUUCUUGUCGUUGUUCGGUGAUGACUUCUGCCAGAAUGUUUUUCUGUCGAGAGAGUUCACAAUCGCCGUAACCUCAACUCUGUUCAUCCUCCCGAUCUGCUAUUUCCAGAGGCUCGACUUCUUGAAAUACGCCAGCUCUCUCGGGAUCUUCGCUAUGCUUUACCCCGUCUUCCUGACCAUCUAUGUUUACUACACCCAGGAUGUCCAGCCUGUUUUCCGAGAGAUCUCUCCUGAUUCGCCGCAAUCCUUCAUGGAGUUCAUCUCUAUUGUGCCCGUGAUCUGCUUCGCUUACCAGACACACGAGGUCUUGCUGCCGAUCUAUGCCAACAUGCGAGAGCGUAACAUCAACUCGCUCGUGAAGACCACCAGUUGCUGCAUGCUCAUGCUUUUUGUCAUCUACUCCGCCAUGGGAACUUACGGAUACCUGACUUUCGGUUCUGGUGUCAAGCCCGAUAUCAUGCAGAUGUUCGACGGACAGCGUCCUGAGGUCUUGAUUGGAAUCGCUGCUCUCAUCAUCAAGAUGAUCACUUCGUACCCCCUGAUUGUGAUUUGCGGACGCGGAGCUUUCGACGGACUCUACGCGGAAAUCUUCAAGAUCCCCACCGAGGAAUUCAUCGCCAACGAGAAACGUCGACGAAUCAUCAUCACCACCUUGUGGUUCGUGACGACCACAACGCUAGCUGUCACGCUUUCGAAUAUUGGCGUCGUCAUCGAGCUUUUGGGCUGCUUGGCCUGCGUCAAUGUUUUUGUGUUUCCCGGACUCUGUCUCGUCGGAAUGUACUGCAAGCGCAGACAUUUCGGUCUUAACUACCCCAACAUGAUGCUCGCCGGCGGAAUAAUUCUCAUUGUGAUGGGAACGGGUCUAUUCCCGCUCGUCCUCUACGAGUCGAUCCGGAAUUGGACCUCGGGUUCUGGACAUCACCUGCUGUGCACACACUGAUCGCCCGAGCUUUUAAAGUUUUGUAUAUUCAAUCGACGGCGUGCGAUCUGUACAUUUCUUCAUCGCUUUCAAAUAAAUAUGUUGCAUAAACCAUGUCGAACGAAA